AUGUAUGUCCAAGGGACUACUGAUGCAACUUGGUGCAAAUACUUCCCGUCGACUCUGAAAGGUGUUGCCUCAAAAUGGUUUGAGAAGUUGCCUGCUGGAACGAUCAACACUUAUGCAGAGCUGGAAAUGUUGUUUUCUGCAAGAUUCAUGGCUUAUAAGGAGGAAAAGAAGACGAGCAUGCAUUUGGGCCGAAUACAGCAAGGAAAAGACGAGUCCUUACGAAGAUAUGUGCGACGUUUGAACUUGGAGUCAGGACAAAUUCCGGAUCUACCUGAUGGGGUAGCCUUUGACAACUUUUUUAGAGGACUUAAGAAGGGUUCCUUUAAGUUUGACUUGGUGAAGAAGAGUGUGAGAACUAUGGCAGAUGCCCUGGACGAGGCCGAGUCCUUUAUCCAUGCCACAAAUAUCUGUUCCGUCCCAAAGGAAUCUAUGGGAACUGAGACUGCAGACCACCCUCAGCGCAAAGACAAGACAGAUAAAAAGACAAACCGUCCGAAUGGGACGUGGGCUAUUGAAAAGAAGGGGUAUAAGGCUAACCCUCCCAAGGGCAGAAGAGAGGACGGCCCUACGAUAAAGAGAGGCCAUGACACAAAAGAUUGCAAGAGUCUGCGUAGAGCUCUUGAUGUAUUAGCCGCCAAAGGAUUUCUGAAAUCAUAUCUCAGCACGAGCACAGGGGGAAAAGGUAAAAAGUUAUAUAAGAAAAGUAGGUCACCGUCAUAUCGGCUUGAUGACAAUGACACUGAUCCAGAAUAUGUAGCCGUCAUCUCAGGAGGCCUAGCCACUGGGGUCCCAAUAAUGAGAGGGCAAAAGGAUUAUGCAAGCCGGUUGGGGCAGGUAAUGUUGUCAGGAAAAGCUCCAAUGGAUCACUUCCCUAAAGUAGAGAUUUGUGAAGCCGACAGAGGCAAGAUAGCCACACCUCAUGAUGAUCCCCUGGUUAUUGAGCUAAAAGUGGAGAAACCUCAAAGUAAGGCGUAUCUUAGUAGACACAAGGAGUUUGUCAGAUAUUAUCAGUAA